AUGUUAUUUUCAUGGCUUCCAUUCUUCAUACUGGGUAUCUCUAGUUCACUGUUGGUAGCUGGAGUCGAUCGAUCAUUGAAAGACAAGGGUGGUAAGGAGGUAGAAGGAGCGCUGAAAUCGCAGUUGACAACAAAGUACAAUGUUCCAGAUAUGUCAUGGAGUAACGCAGAAAAGCUGCUAAAGGAACCUCCAACGACAGAUCACAUAGUCCUUUUUUAUGUUCCGCUACAUGUAGGAUGUAGACAAUUUCUGAACAUUUUCACCACCCUCGCGCAACAGUUCCAACAAGAAGAACGUCACGUAACGUUUGUAAAGGUUGAUUGCAGUCGAGCGAGCUUCCGUGAAAAUAUAUGCCAUCGAUACAACAUAUCAGCUGUACCUACUGUGGCUUAUGUCUCCACAUUGGAGUUCCAACGCGAGUUGUUACCAUCUCGCAAUAUGUUACAGUGCAGCCUACGCUGGUCGAUCGCCAAUAUGAUGGAAGAUAUAGGCGCCGUGCAUGCCACUUGGUAG